AUGGACUAUUCACCCCUGACCCUGCAAAGUAGACCCGAGUCUUUCAAGCCCAAGAUCGUCCAGCUCUAUGAGAACCUCUUCAAGGCGGCCGACGACACAGAUCCAUCGGAAGGAUUCUGGAGAGAGUUCUUCCUGCUGCCUCCGGACCGGAAUCAGCUGCAUGACAUUCUGGACAAUCUGAGUCCAGACGACACACUGAGCCUCCAGAUUCAAACGCAACGUUUCUUUGUUCGCGCCAUUCGGGAAGCGGCAGCUGGGGUCGCCCCGGCAGCCUCCUAUGCGCUAGAUACUUUGACUAUCUUCUUGACGAGCAUCUUGAGCAAAAAAUACACCAAUCCGAGCUCGGACGUCAUCACUGUUCUUGCUGGACUCGAUGAAGUGGACCAUGUAAUCUCCGAAUUCGUGACUGUCUUGGACAGAACUAUUCGUAAUGGAAGCACACUCGAUGUGCGGCUCAAGGCCAUCAAAACGGCCAUUGCCAUGACCAGCGGAGCAUACAAAACCAGCUUGGUCUCCUAUUUCACACACAGGGACCUGUUCCCAUCGCUAAUGAAGUAUGUUGCCGACUCCGAGACUUCGCUGCAAGUCUUUGAACCAUUCCUUCUCCUGGGGCUGUUUGCAAACUACAACAAGUUUGAAUUUCAAAAUCCCUAUCAAAAUCGACUCGAUGACUUUGUCAAUGAGGCUAGCAUUCAAAAAGUUGCGAAGGGCGUUGGUCUCGCCUGUGGCGGCCUGCGCAAUGGCUAUGUUGCUGUACAAGAUGACAUCCCAGAGGGGUGGAAUUUGGCUAAUACGUUGAUAUUUUUUGGUCUGCGAGCUCUCGCUCCAGGAGCCAAAGACAAAGCGACACCCCCUUCUGCAGAGGAUGCGAAGGCAAUGUUUGCUGAUCUACCCUCCCAAGAGGCCUCCAUUCUUCUUGCCACAUACGACUUCACAAACGCCAACAAGUUGUUUGGAUAUCAUUUAGUUCAUAUGAAGCCAGAGAACGUUGCAGAGGAAUCCCCAUUCUCCAGCUUCCUCUCGUUGACAUCCUAUCUCCUCCAGCAUGCAUACCGAUCGCCGCGCGUCGGACAUUACGCGGAGCUGAACCUAUUCACACUUCGAAUCCUCGUCGAGGACUCGACAAUCUGUAAACACAUCUGCGCAGAUGAUGGCAAGCGCAAAGUCCGUAUCUGUCGACAGAAACAACCCUACCUCCCUCUGGUCAGCGGAGACCGGGUCCUUGCGACCGUCAUUUUCGAUAUCGUGAUCGAUACCAUCACCCACAACCUCCGACGUCGGCUCGAUGUCAACAUCUACAGCCACACCAUCGCCAUAAUUCUCCGCCUCCUGACAUAUCUCUCCAAAAACAAAAUCCGCUUAACAUAUCAUUGGUCUGAGCUCUGGCGGACUCUUCUCUCCCUGAUGCGCUUCCUCACAACCUAUGCCUCAGAUCUAACUAGUGUCUCAAGGAUCGAAACCCUCACAACGAGCCUUGCUGAUCUAAUUGCCUUCUGCGUCUCAGGCGGUGAUACCUUCCUCCCAGACCCAGCCUCUUACGACGAUCUUUUCUACAAACUCGUUGAAACAGGCCCCAUCAUCUCUAAAUUCCGCGACGCCUUUGCCAAAUCUAAUGAGAAAGCUGCCAUCGAGACACUCCAGUCUGUGUCUACGCACUUCUACACCUUGCUUUUCCACGAGGGUGGAGAGGCCCCCGCGGUUGCUACCAAGGCCGAUGAGCCCACGCCGGUGGCGCUGCCUUCUAUCAAAAAGAAGAACCUGAGUCCCAAGGAGGUCCACCGCAUUAUCAAACAGGGUUAUGACACUUUGAGUAUCCAGCCACCUGAGGGGUUGAGUGCUUGGGUUAAGUGGCGCGAAGCGGAGUGGAAGAGUGAGUUGAAGCGCGCGACGAGGUGUGCUGUUGACGAUGCGAGGCAACUAGUUGCUUAG